CAACAGUUUCAUGAUGAAUUCGUGAGAGAGGGCCUGCUUGGAGGCAAGAGGGUAGCUAGCCUCCUGAGGAAAGCGAUAGCCGAGGAUAUCAAGACGAGAUUUCCAACCCUCCCGGCCAAUGCACAGGUCGUGAUUCGUGUGUAUGCGAACUUGAAAGGGCUCUCUAAGAAAUAUAGAGAGCUCCUGCCAGACGCGGCAUCGUUUGACGACUUUGUUCGAGGGUAUAACACAGUCCAUCCCACGUGCGACUUUAUCGACGCUGGGUGUGGAAAGGAGUGUGCCGAUGAGAAGAUCAAAGGUGAGCUGCUACCGGCCCACUGCAAGCAGGUGUUUUUCGGCGGACCAGGAGACAAUGGAUACGCCCGCGUGUUCGAUUCCUUCCUCGAAGAUCAAAAAAUUCGGGGGCAGAUCACGCUCCUGGCAGGCCCGCCCUUUGCGUAUGAGCUGGCGGCUAUCAAAGACAAGUUUCAGAACGUGACGUUCGACAACAUCUUUAGGGGCCAAAAGCUUCCCAAUGAUGCCAAUCGCAGGACGUCAUUCCACAUCACACCACCGGGAACUCCAAUGCCGUCAACCUCGCCGUUGAACUUUGCGGCUGCCGCAAAGGUGCCCAGCCCGGCUCAGAGCACCCCAGCUCAGUUGUACUGUCCAGAGCCGAAGCCCCCUGCGACUGGAGUCGUAUUACGGAACAGGCUUGGACAGCGAGUGGACUCACGCCUUUCAUACUCGCAAGCCGACUUCUCUGUCCUGAAGGACCGCAAGCUCUGCAACAACUUUCACCUCUUGGGCAAGUGCUACUUUCUCGAAAAGUACGGAAAAUGCCAUCAUGUUCAUGGGGAAAAGUUGACUGCGCAGCAGCUGGAAGCCUUGAGAGGCAUUGCUCGCCAGUCUCCAUGCCUGAAUGGACUGAGCUGCAGCCAGACAGACUGUAUGGCCGGGCACCGGUGUCCAAGGGAGCCUUGCCAUCUGGAUAACUGCUGGUUCCCCAAGGAGAUGCACAAUGUUGACACUCAAGUCGUUGACUGA